AUGUCAGACAAGGUUGCCGUACUACAAUUACUCCAUCUCCUCCACCAUCGUCACAUACCUGAUCGUGGUGCGGCAAACGUACCGCGCAAAGCCGGUCUCGCUGAUCUUCUCGCAGCCAUUGACCCUGCUCAGAGACGACAACGUCCAGUACCUGCUGCUGGCGCUCGUGUUCCGGGUGUUUUCCGCGCGCAGCGGAAACUCCUCCACGCUGUAUCCGUUCGCCGUGUUUGCGUUCUUCCACUGUCUGGGCUACUUCAACACCAACGUGAUCGGCUUUGUGCCGUUCUUCACCAAAGACCAAAAAACCCGCUACAAGGCCGCCAUCGGCCACUUUCUGAAAACGUACAACGAGCAGUCGCUUCUCGUCGCGGCACACAUGGAGGUGCUGCUCGUCACGGCGUACGUGCUCCCGCUGCUGAAAAUGGUGAUUUUCUUGCAACUGCUGCGUCCAGCGUACUUUGUGCGAAACCUGCAGACGCUGGCGCUGCUGGCCGUCGUGGUGGUGUUCAACAAGCUCAGAUUCGACCAGUCCAAGUACACCCGCGCGCUGGUGACGCAGUACGACGCGCGCAUCGUCCAGACGCUCUCGUUGCCGGUGGUGCCGCCUGCGGUGAGAAACACCGCGUUCGCCCUGCGCCAGACGCUCGUCCACCACCUGUCGCAGAUCCAGCUGCCGAGAAAGUGAGACGCGGCAGCACGUAG